UAUCCCCAGCGCCGGAAAUGGGCUGUAAAGUUGCGAACUUCUUCCUCGUAUCACAGUUUGUUUCAUCAGCCACGAGAUUCUGACCUUAGUCUACAGGAGAGUUUUCCCUUGGCGUUUCAGAAAGAUGGGAGACCCACUGACCGAGUACACAGCCCGGCUACAACAGCAGGAGCGGGAGAUCCACAGCUUGUCUGCUGAGAUCGAGAGUCUGAAAAACCCACAGAACUUGAGUCAGUCAUCACGUUUGGACGAGCUGCGAGAGGAGAACGCCAAACUGAAGUAUCGCCUCAACGUCCUCAAGAGGAGUCUGCAGGAGGACACGACUCACUGCAGCAAAGCCAUGAUGAACAUCAACCAGCGUCUGCAGGAGAUUUUCGGCGAGGCCAUCCGGGUGUCGUGUCCAGAGCUCGACAACCCGCCGCUCGCCGUCACGCCAAACCAGCAGGCCAAGUUCGGAGACUACCAGUGCAACAGUGCCAUGGCAUUGGCCCAGAUGCUGAAGGCGAAGGGGUUGAAGGUGAACCCGAGGGAGAUUGCAGAGAAGAUCGUCCAGAACCUACCAGACAACGAACUCGUCCAGAAAACUGAGAUUGCAGGACCCGGUUUCAUCAACAUCCACCUGAAGAGGUCGUUUGUGUCCAAGUUGCUAAGCAACCUGCUGGUGAACGGAGUUCAGCCCCCGCCGCUCUCAUCCAGGAAGAAGGUGGUGGUGGACUUCUCUUCUCCCAACAUCGCCAAAGAGAUGCACGUGGGCCACCUGCGCUCCACCAUCAUUGGGGACAGCAUGUGUCGGCUCUUUGAGUUUCUGGGCUACGACGUCCUCAGGCUGAACCACGUCGGGGACUGGGGGACCCAGUUCGGGAUGCUGAUCGCUCACCUGCAGGAUAAAUUUCCAAACUACCUGACGGCGUCGCCGCCCAUCAGCGACCUGCAGGCUUUCUACAAAGAGUCGAAGAAACGCUUUGAUGAGGACGAGGACUUUAAGAAGCGAGCGUACCAGUGUGUGGUCAGAUUGCAGAGCAAAGAACCGGACUUCAUCAAAGCCUGGAACCUCAUCUGCGACGUGUCCAGGAGAGAGUUUCAGAAAGUCUAUGACUGUCUGGACGUGAAGAUCAUUGAAAGAGGAGAGUCGUACUACCAGGACCUGAUGACGAACGUGGUGAAGGAGUUUGAGGAGAAAGGCCUGGUGGAGAUGGACGAGGGUCGGAAGAUCAUCUUCGCACCAGGUCAGUCCAUCCCGCUCACCAUUGUCAAGUCGGAUGGCGGCUACACCUACGACACGUCGGACCUGGCCGCGCUGCAUCAGCGACUGUUCGAGGAGAAAGCCGACGUCAUCAUCUAUGUCACAGACAGUGGGCAGGGCACUCACUUCCAGGUGGUGUUUGCCGCGGCUCAGAUGAUCGGCUGGUACAACCCCCAGGUGACCCGGGUGGAGCAUGCAGGCUUCGGAGUGGUGCUCGGGGAGGACAAGAAGAAGUUCAAGACUCGAUCCGGAGACACAGUGAGGUUAAUGGAGCUGCUGGAGGAGGGGCUGAAGAGGUCCAUGGACAAACUGUUGGAAAAGGAACGAGACAAGGUUUUGACUCCAGAGGAGCUUACCAAGGCUCAAAGAGCUGUCGCUUUUGGCUGCGUCAAAUACGCCGACCUGUCCCACAACCGCAUCAACGACUAUGUCUUCUCCUUUGAUAAGAUGCUGGACGACCGGGGCAACACGGCGGCGUACCUCCUCUACGCUUUCACCCGCAUCAGGUCCAUAGCUCGCCUGGCCAACAUCGACGAAGCCACGCUGAGGAAAGCUGCAGAGACCACGGAGGUCAUCCUGGACCAUGACAAGGAGUGGAAGCUGGGGAAAUGCAUCCUCCGGUUCCCUGAGAUUCUCCAGAAGAUCCUGGACGACCUGCUGCUUCACACGCUGUGCGACUACCUGUACGAGCUCGCCACCACCUUCACGGAGUUCUACGACAGCUGCUACUGCGUGGAGAAGGACAGACAGACAGGUGAGGUGGUAAAGAUCAACAUGUGGAGGUUGCUGCUCUGUGAGGCCACGGCGGCCAUCAUGGCCAAAGGUUUUGACAUCCUGGGCAUCAACCCCGUUGGGAGAAUGUGAUCCACGCUGCCUCCAUCUCUUCACAUUUCUUCUGUACCAAAUCAAGAGGACAUCUAAAGAAGACUCUCUGUAUCUCAUAGCAGCCAAAAUUCACUUUACGUUAUUUUUUCUUAAAGUCAUUGAAUCUCACCUAAGAGGGAAAACUGGUGCAUCACAUGUGAUGGAUGAUUUUUAUUAAAGAGCCACGAUGGAACCUGAA